GUUGAAGACGACAAGUAUUUUGACGAGUGGCCUACACAGUUCAGAAUUGGAUAGAAUUUUCGACCAUCAUCGAAUGUUUAUGAGUACAUAUAGUUUCUGUUUCUGGGAGUAAAAUGUGUUAGAACUCAGAACUGUACAAGCAAGUAGGUGGUUUGUUUAGAUUAAAAAACUACCAUGUUUAACACAGCCCUGCUAUUUAAUCCCUCUGAUGGAACUUCAAAAAGGUUUUCAGUUCCUGUUGUUCAGGAAUUGGCAUCUCAGAAUCUUCAAAGCCUUCCUGAAAGAUAUAUCAGAUCAGAGAAAGAGCGCCCAAAUGCCUUUCCUCCUCAUCAUUCGGACAUCCCAAUAAUUGAUAUGGACAUUCUUUUGAAAGAUUCUGAUCUCCGCAGACAAAAGGAAUUGGAAAAACUUGGUAUCGCUUGCCAGCAAUGGGGAUUUUUUCAGGCUGUGAAUCAUGGAAUUCCUCUGUCUCUGCUGGACAGGAUGAAGGGAAUUAUGAGAGAAUUCAUUCAACUACCUUUGGAGGCAAAACUCAAGUACAAAAUGCAAGAGAUUGAAGGCUAUGGGCAGGCCUUUGUAACCUCAGAUGACCAAAUACUGGACUGGGCAGACAUCAAGACCUCCAGAGAAUAGAAAAAUGGAUUCUUGGCCAACGAACCCAGCAGAUUUCAGAGAAACAGUGGAUCAAUAUGCUGUUGAAAUUCAAAAGCUUGAUAAUACAGUUCUUUCCCUUUUAUCAGAGAAUGCUGGGCUGAAACAAGACUGUUUCAUUAACAUGUUUGGGAAAAUGUCACAGACAAUGCGAAUGAAUUACUACCCACCCUGCACAAGACCAGAUCUGGUUUUAGGCAUAAGCCCUCAUUCAGAUGCAACUGGUUUGACAGUGUUGCUGCAGGAUGAUGAAACGGUAAUAAGCAAUGGAAUAUAUAAGAGCAUUGAGCACAGAGCGGUCACAAACAUGGACAGAGAUCGAAUCUCCAUUGCCACAUUUUGUGGUCCAAGUAUGAAAACAGAAGUGGGUCCUGUUCCCGAGCUCAUAGAUGAGUUGCAUCCCUGUCUAUACAGAAGAUUUAAUCGUGCAGAGUAUAUGCAGAAUUUCUUUUCUGGCAAACUUGAAGGGAAGAAGAUUGAUUUUGCCAAAAUCAAGUCAUAGCUUCUUUGAUUUGAAUUUGUUCAAUAUGGUUAAGACCUAGGGUGGGAAGGCAAAAGACCUACAUUCAAUUUGAUGAACUUCUUCUAUCAUGGAUUUUUUCGGGCUUUUACUUUAAGCAAGUUAUCAGUGAUCAGUGAUGUAAUGAAUUGCAUGAUUAAGUAAUGUUGAUUUUCUCUAAAUCCCAGUUUUCAACUUUGGUAUGAAUGUUACGUAGUCAUUAAAAGAACAGAACAGGAAGUGAUAGUUGAUAUUCAUGAAUACAUUCUGGUCACAAUCUUCGCUUUUAA